AUGGGUCCAAGUAGUGGCGGCCUUUACUUCUUCCACCUUCCGCAGUUGCAGUCUACCUCGUCUAAAGUUGCUUUCUCCGCUACUCGUGCUUCUUCCGUCACUUGGCAUCAACGACUUGGACAUCCCCAUCCGCAGCUGUUGAAGUCAAUGAUUUCUAGAUAUAGUUUACCUUUAUCAAACAAUUUUGUCAAUUCACCUUGUGAUUCUUGUUCUAUUGGAAAAUCUUCAAAACUUCAUCUAUCAUCUUCUAAUUAUAAAAGUUCUCAUAUUUUAGAUUUACUCUUUUGUGAUGUUUGGGGACCAGCCCCUGUUACUUCUUUUGAAGACCAUCGAUAUUUCUUACUAUGUGUUGAUCAUUUUUCUAGUUUUAUGUGGAUUUUUCCCUUAAAAUCCAAAUCUGAUGUCUUUAGUACUUUCCAACAGUUUCUUCUUACAGUAGAACGACAAUUUCAAACCAAACUAAAAUCUCUUCAAACUGAUUGGGGAGGUGAAUUUCGAAACCUCUCUAAGUUUUUCUCAUCUCUCGGCAUUACUCAUCGCUUGUCUUGUCCUCACACGAGUGAACAGAAUGGCGUUGUUGAGCGUCGUCACCGUCAUGUGGUCGAAACCGGCCUCACUCUUCUUGCUCAAUCCGGUGUUCCACAACGGUUUUGGCAUUAUGCUUUUGACACAGCCGUCUAUCUCAUAAAUCGUAUGCCUUCUAGAACCAACUCCAAUAUCUCACCUUUCGAACAUGUUUUCAAACACAAACCUGAUUUUUCCUUUCUUCGUGUGUUUGGUUGUUGA